CGUAACAGGCGAGGCUACUUAAACGUAACAAAAACAGUUUAACAAUACAUUCCAUGCGCAUUUCUUCAUGGUAUACUAGGAUAGAAGAAAUCUAAGGAUGGCAAACGACAAAACUGCUCAUUGGAAAGAGUUGCUGAGAGGACGACUCGCCUCAGCGAAAAAAGAUGACAGGACAGAGGACGAGAAGAAGGCAGAGGAAACAGAACUGUUCACAAAGUAUUACACAGAAUGGAAAGUGGGUAAAAAUGAUAAAGAUGACUCCUUUAAACACAUUCCACGGUUCUACUACAGGCUUCCUGCUGAAGAUGAAGUUCUGCUGCAGAAACUGAGGGAAGAAUCGAGGGCAGUGUUUCUCCAGAGAAAGAGCCGAGAACUACUGGACAAUGAGGAGUUGCAAAACCUCUGGUUUCUUCUUGAUAAACAUCAAGUGCCGCCCACAAACGGUGAUGAGGCCAUGAUCAGUUAUGAGAGUUUCCUGAUGGUCGGAGAGAAAGCGGGUGCAAAAUGCAACCUUUUUUUCACCGCAAGAGUCUACGCCAAACUGCUUCAUAAUGAUCCAUAUGGGCGGAUAUCAAUUAUGCAGUUUUUCAACUAUGUCAUGAGAAAAGUGUGGUUGCAUCAGACCAGGAUUGGUUUGAGCCUCUAUGAUGUAGCAGGACAAGGUUAUCUCAGAGAGUCUGACUUGGAGAAUUACAUUCUUGAGUUAAUUCCCACACUCCCUCAGUUGGAUGGCUUGGAGAAAUCAUUCUACUCGUUUUAUGUCUGCACUGCUGUUCGCAAGUUCUUCUUUUUCCUUGAUCCUUUACACACUGGGAAGAUCAAGAUUCAGGACAUCCUAGCUUGCAGUUUCUUAGAUGACCUACUUGAGCUUAGAGAUGAGGACCUGUCAAAGGAGAGCCAGGAAUCAAACUGGUUCUCUGCGCCUUCUGCCCUUCGAGUUUACGGUCAGUACCUUAAUCUGGAUAAGGAUCAUAAUGGGAUGCUCAGUAAGGAAGAACUGUCUCGCUACGGCACAGGAACACUCACUAGUGUUUUCCUAGACCGGGUCUACCAGGAAUGCUUAACUUACGAUGGCGAAAUGGACUAUAAGACCUAUCUAGACUUUGUGCUGGCUCUAGAGAACAGGAAAGAGCCUGCAGCCUUGCAGUAUAUUUUCAAACUGCUGGACAUGGAAAAUAAAGGCUACCUCAAUGUUUUUGCCCUCAACUACUUUUUCAGGGCCAUUCAGGAACAGAUGAAAAUCCACGGGCAGGAGCCAGUUUCAUUCCAGGAUGUUAAGGAUGAAAUCUUUGAUAUGGUGAAACCCAAGGAUCCCUACAAGAUCACAUUACAGGACCUGGUGAACAGCAGUCAGGGUGAUACAGUCACUAGUAUUCUCAUUGAUCUCAAUGGCUUCUGGACUUAUGAGAACAGAGAGGUUCUGGUGGCUAACGACACUGACAGCAACACCGCUGAUUUAGAUGACACAUGA